AUGAGCUCCAAGGGCUCGGCUGAAGCAACAAAGGGCUGCCGGAGUUGUAUGCGGCGACGCAUCCGAUGUGACCUCGGCCGCCCGGCUUGUGCAAAAUGCAUCAAAAAGGGCCUCGUCUGCCCGGGAUACGGGCGGCAUCUUCGCUGGGCUGAUGGCGUGGCGGUCCGUGGCAAACUCAAGGGCCAGAGGCUGCCCGUCGCCGGCUCAGUGCCCAUGGACAUGAGUCUAUCGACAGUCGAGGAUCCUGUUGCUGCACCGAAGCCAAGCACUACUGGUAGUAGUACUGCCGCUGCUCCUAUUCUUCCCCCUCCUUCCCCUACUACUACUACUCCCGUCCUUACUACUACGCCUGUCCCUGCUGCUGCUCCCAUUCCUGCCCCUGCCGUUGACCCUGGUAUGAAUACUUCCAGGGCUCUUCAAGUGUCCAGGCCGACUUCAAUCAGCAUCAAGUCCAUGGAAGACACCCCUGCUGCGCAGGGUUUGCUACUGAACUACACCCAGUGGGCGUCUUCACCAGAGAUCAUCGAGUACUAUGACAAAUAUCUUGCCGGACGCAUGGUCUGGGUCGACUCGGAAGAAAACGACUAUCGACGGCGGAUGCUGCCCAUGGCUGCCAACGCCCCAGGCCUUCGGUUUGCCAUUGCCGCCUUUUCUCUCUACCAUGGGCCCAUGAAGUUUCCGAGAGAGCUGGCCCGAUAUCACGAAGAGGCGCGCGACGCAUGCUUGGAUGUCGUGAGGGAACAGCUGCGAGAAAUGAAUAACCGGCUCAACAGCGGAGCCGAGCUCAACACCCGCGACGACGUUGCGAACGCGGAAUGGGUGCUGGCCUGCAUCCUCGUCAUUGCCAACUACGAGAUGGCCAAGGUCAAUUCCGAGGCGGCUGAGAGUCAUCGGCUUGCAGCAAGAACCAUCGUCAACGUGUUUGGGAAGAACGAAGCGUGCAACAAGGGCCUCUUUGCGUUUCUGAGGAACCAGCUCGCGAUCCACGACGUCCUCGGCUCGGCAACAUCCUUCGACUUGGUUGACGUUGCAGAGGCCGUUCUGCCCACAUCCAACUCUGGCGAUCACGUGCUAUUCUCCGAGUAUCUUACUUUCCUGCACCAGAUCACGCUGGCUUCGCGACGAUCCAUGGCUGUCAACGAGGCCAUUGAUGUGUCUUCUUGGCCCAAGAGCUUCACCAUAUCAGAGGUCCAGUCACGUUUCGAACAGGCGCGAGGACAGACGUUGAUGAUCGCCGGGAAGCUGCAGAUGGACCCUCCGGUCGUGCGUCGAGAUUUCAUCAGGCUGGUGGACCUAUACCAUCACGCUGCGGUCGUCUAUGCAUACAGAUGCCUGGGCUAUGCGACGCCGGACAACUUUGACUGGCUGGCUUCUGUCGCCAAGCUGUUUGACCAGCUGGGUCAAAUCGAAAACCAGUCGCUCUGUAUUCAGAACCUCCCGUGGCCCAUCUUCAUUGCAGGUACCGAGUGCCACGGGGAUGUGGAAAGGCAGCACAAGGUUACAGAAAUUCUCGAUAAAACGAUCAGAACGACGGGCUUCAAGCAGUACGAAACCAUCCGGCGCUUUUUCAACGCAUUUUGGAAUGGUCCAGAGCCGAACUGGCUACCGGUUGCACAACAACUGCAAGCGAACGGACUGAGGAUCCUCGUAGUAUAA